CUUGUUCCGCAGCAAAUGGCGGACGACGCCGGUGGUAGAGGAGGUUUCCGCGGAGGUUUUGGAGGAGGUGGUCGCGGCGGCGGCGGUGGCGGCGGCGGCGGCCCCGGUGGGCCCGGAGGCAGAGGCCGUGGACGCGGCAGAGGCCGUGGCAGGGGCCGCGGUGCCCGGGGCAAGGCCGAGGACAAGGAGUGGGUUCCCGUCACCAAGCUGGGCCGCCUGGUGAAGGACCUGAAGAUCAAAUCCCUGGAGGAGAUCUACCUGUACUCUCUGCCUAUCAAGGAGUCUGAGAUCAUCGACUUCUUCCUGGGUUCUGGUCUGAAGGACGAGGUGCUCAAGAUUAUGCCCGUUCAGAAGCAGACCAGGGCUGGUCAGCGCACCAGGUUCAAGGCUUUUGUUGCCAUUGGUGACUACAAUGGCCAUGUGGGUCUGGGGGUGAAGUGCUCCAAAGAGGUGGCUACAGCCAUCCGUGGUGCCAUCAUCCUCGCCAAGCUGUCCAUUGUCCCCGUGAGGAGAGGUUAUUGGGGUAACAAGAUCGCCAAGCCCCACACCGUGCCCUGCAAGGUGACUGGUCGCUGUGGCUCUGUGCUGGUGCGUCUCAUCCCUGCACCCCGUGGUACUGGCAUCGUGUCUGCCCCCGUGCCCAAGAAGCUGCUCACGAUGGCCGGUAUCGAUGAUUGCUACACCUCUGCCAGGGGCUGCACCGCCACCCUCGGCAACUUCGCCAAGGCCACCUUCGACGCCAUCUCCAAGACUUACAGCUACCUGACCCCUGACCUGUGGAAGGAGACCAUCUUUACAAAGUCUCCCUACCAGGAGUUCACUGACCAUCUGGCCAAGACUCACACCAGGGUGUCUGUGCAGAGGGGUCAACCUGUCCCUCCCCCGACUACCUAAACUUUUUGUACAGAGAAUCGUUGAAUAAACGUUCUGAAACAAAAUGCAA